CACCAGUCGGUCUCAACACUCCCAAACCAGACAUGAAGGUGUUCCUCGUCGCCGCCGUGCUGGCCGUGGCCGCCGCCGAUUCUCCGGCUCCGUACCACCCGACUCCGGCUCCGUACCACCCGGCUCCGGCCUACAAGCCGGCUCCCUACCACCCGCAGACCCAGUACAAGGAGGAGGCCAGGCCGUUCGCCUUCGACUACGCCGUCAACGACCACUACACCGGCACCAACUUCGCCCGCAACGAGCAGAGCGACGGUCACAACGUGCAGGGCUACUACUCGGUGGUUCUGCCCGACGGCCGUACCCAGCACGUCAAGUACACGGCUGACCGCUACGGUGGAUACAACGCCGAGGUCACCUACGACGGAUAUGCCACCUACCCCCAGCAGCACUCUGCCCCUGCCUACAAGCCUGCUCCCUACCAUCCGGCUCCUGCCUACAAGCCGGCCCCCUACCACCCGGCCCCUGCCUACAAGCCGGCCCCCUACCACCCGGCCCCUGCCUACAAGCCGGCCCCUGCCUAUAAGCCUGCCCCUGCCUACAAGCCGGCGCCCGCCUACAAGCCGGCCCCUGCCUACAAGCCGGCGCCCGCCUAUAAGCCAGCUCUUACCUACAAGCCAGCUCGCUAUUAAUUGAAUGAGAUGCGAUGAUUUGUGUGGGGAGCGGUCAGCGGAACAAGAUAGUAAUAUUAUUGAUAGGCUGAAUUGUUUGCCAAAUACAUAUAAAUGCUUGAUGAAUUUAUAAAUAUAUUAUCAUUCACCUGCGAA